UCGCGGCACAGCGGUGGACUAAGAGCAGCGGCCUCGAUUGCGCGAGGUGCCAGUUCCGACAUGCAUCCAUCCAUACAUCCAUCGAGCUUGUUUACAUCUGGCUCCAGAGCUCGAAAGGGUUGUCGCAUCAGCCAGUCUGUUUGUGUGCGGGCUAAUUCAUUCUGCCAUGAGCCAAGAUUCGUCGAGUUGGUUGGCGUGUGCUCUUAGAGCGACAGUCAGUAUAUAUUGGUGUCCAACGAGGAAUAACUUGCAGUUGUGUGAUGUUUGUGGUAGAGGCAGCUUCGUGGAGAAGUAUGCGUAGCGUUGUGACUGUUCGGAAUAUUCAAGAAGUGCUGGUGUAAUUUUGAACUCGUUCGGCACUACCGCAUAAAACUACGCAGCACGUUCGGUCGUGUUGAGCCUCGUUCGUUCGGUGAAAAUAAGCAACAACAAUAUUCACGAUAUUAAGGGUGUACUGUAAUUAGUGUCACUUCAAGGGCCAGUGUGCGAAAUAGUUACGACGCCUCGCGUGGAGUAUCAACUUGUUGUUGUAAAAAGGAGGCGAUAAUCAAAUACGCUUUGUGAUGAGUGAACAAGGCUCAAUCGAGAUCCCUUUAAGGGACACAGAUGAGGUUAUCGAGUUGGACCUCAGUCAGCUGCCUGAUGGAGAAGAAACACUCACAAUUUUGAAACAAGAGAAAGCUCAGUUACACAUCUGGGUUAAUCUUGCCCUUGGAUACUACAGGCAAGGUAAAGAAAAAGAUAUGGUCGCCCUGUUAGAAGCAGCCCGCACAGGUUUGGGUACAUACGCUUCGUUGGAUUACAAGGAACAUGAGCACGACGAGAUGAGAUGUCUCGAUACAUUGGCGGCAUGGUAUGUCCGUCAAGCUAAUAAAGAGAAGAAUAAGGAACUGAAAACGGAAAUGUUCACUCAGGCAACUCAACUGUAUACCGCCGCCGAUCGUAUUAUUAUGUAUACUCAAAACCAUCUGCUGGGUCGAGCCUAUUUCUGUCUGCUCGAGGGUGACAAGAUGGAGCAGGCGGAUGCGCAGUUCAAUUUCGUCUUGAAUCAAAGCAACAACAAUAUUCCUUCCCUUCUUGGAAAAGCCUGCAUUGCAUUUAAUAAAAAAGACUACCGGGGGGCAUUAGCCUUUUACAAGAAAGCUUUACGCACAAAUCCGAACUGCCCAGCCGACGUACGACUUGGCAUGGGCCUGUGUUUCUUUAAGCUUGGAAAGCUCGAAAAGGCCAGACUAGCGUUUGAACGUGCUGUCCAACUCGAUUCGAACUGUGUGGGAGCUUUAGUAGGUCUUGCCAUUCUUGAUUUAAACACCAAAACGUUGGAGGGUAUCAAGAACGGUGUUGAAGUUUUGUCAAAAGCAUACGCCAUCGAUACGUUUAACCCAAUGGUGCUCAACCAUUUAGCUAACCAUUUUUUCUUUAAGAAGGAUUUCGAAAAGGCGGAAACACUGGCUUUCCACGCGUUCAAUAAUACCGAAAAUGAGGCGAUUCGUGCUGAAAGUUGUUAUCACCUAGCACGUUCAUUCCAUAUGCAGGAGAACUACGAUCAAGCAUUUAAAUACUACUAUCAAGCAACCAAUUUUGCUUCGCCAUCUUUCGUUUUACCGCAGUUUGGUCUUGGUCAGAUGUAUAUCGCUAGAGGUGAUAACGACAGCGCCAUGGCCUGUUUUGAGAAAGUACUCAAAGCGCAACCAAAUAACUAUGAAACGAUGAAAAUUCUUGGUUCGCUCUAUGCACACUCAGGAAAUCAAAACAAGCGAGAUCAGGCGAGAACAUAUUUGAAAAAAGUGACGGAACAAUUUCCUGACGAUAUCGAAGCAUGGAUUGAAAUGGCUCAGAUCCUCGCACAGAACGAUACACAUGCAGCCCUCCAGGCGUACGAAACGGUUAAGAAAAUCCUGCAGGAGGAUCAGGCCGAGGUACCACCCGAAAUUUUAAACAACAUGGCUUCGCUCCACUACAGACUUGGUAAAUACGAAGAAUCGCAGAAGCUGUACGAGAAAGCGUUGGAACGGUGUCAGAUAGAAUCGGAGCAUGACGAGAAUUACUACAAAUUUAUGUCCGUCACAACCAACUACAAUCUUGGUAGAGUAUUCGAAGCGCUCAACCAACUGGACAAAGCGACUCGCCUUUAUAAACUCAUCCUUAAAGAAUAUCCAAAUUACAUCGAUUGUUAUAUGAGGUUGGGCUGUAUUGCUCGUGAUCUCGGCCAAAUCCAUGAUGCGUCGGUGUGGUUCAAAGACGCCCUUCAAGUCGACAAUCACAACCCCGAUUGCUGGUCACUCAUCGGCAAUUUACACCUUCGCCAACGUGAGGUUGGUGCUGGCCAAAAGAAAUUCGAGAAGAUCCUUAAUAAUGAGGUAUCAAAAACGGAUUCAUAUGCUCUUGUAGCACUGGGCAACGUCUGGCUAUGGACGUUGCACGAACAAAAAAUGGAGCGCGACAAGGAAAAACGACACCAGGAACGGGCACUGGCUAUGUACAAACAGGCGUUGAAAAUUGAUCCGCGAAACAUGUUGGCAGCCAACGGAAUCGGUGCCGUCCUUGCGCACGCGGGUCAUGUUACCGAGGCGCGGGAGGUAUUCGCUCAGGUACGCGAGGCGACGGCAGAUUUCCCUGAUGUAUGGCUAAAUAUUGCGCAUAUCUAUGUCGAACUGCGUCAGUACGUAUCAGCAGUUCAAAUGUACGAGAACUGCCUAAAUAAGUUCUUUAAGUAUGACAACGUCGAGAUCCUCGUCUACCUUGCCAGAGCGUUCUACCGAGCGGGCAAACUUCACGAAUGUAAAAAUAUCCUAUUAAAAGCGCGUCGAGCAGCGCCAAACGACCUGCAAAUUUUGUACAACGUUGCGCUCGUCCUUCAGUGCCUCGGCAUGCAGGUACUUAAGGAUGACAAAUCCAAUCUCAAGACUGUGUUGCAGGCGGUGAGCGAAUUGGGUAUCGCACACAAGUUCUUUACAUCGCUGGGUCAAACGCAGGGAGGUAAAUACAACGCUACCCAGGCACAGGCUGAGGCACGACAAUGUUCCGAUCUGCUGAGUCAGGCACAGUACCACGUGGCUCGCGCCCGUAAGCUUGACGAAGAGGAGCGAGACUUCCGGGAAAAGCAAGAACGCGAAAGACAAGAAUUGCUUGCCAAGCUUGAGGAAAAGAACAAAGAAGAGAUGGAGAAACGGCAGAAAGAACGCGAGGAGAUGGUCGCCAAGCGCCAACAAUUUGUUGAGCAGAGCAAGCACAAAACGAAAUUCGAAGAAAUGCCAUCUGAGGCUAAAAGCCGAGGUGGGCGCAGAGGCAAAAAGGAUAGACGAGACGGAGAAAUUGUCACCUCGUCAGAUGAGGAGGGUGGGACUGGUAGUGGCGGUCGCGGUGAUGAAGGUGGCGACGGAACUAAAAAGAAAAAGGAACGCAAGAGAAAAGAAAAAAGCAGCAAAGGAAAGGAUGGGGAAAGAAAAAAACAACGCAAACGAAAGGGAAGCCCCAAGACGAAGGCGCCCAAGGAGAAACGUGGAAAGAAUGAGAGGCUAACGGAAAAGCAGAAGUCGAAGUUCCGUUCGAAAGCUACUAUUUCUAGUUCUGAUUCCGAUUCCGAGAGUGGGCGCAGGAAGUUGGCUAGUCCCACUCGCAGUGGUACUGGAAGCGGCAGUGGUGACGACGCUGGUCCUACCAACAAGAGAAUUCUUUCAUCUGAAAGCGAAAGUGAAAGGAAUCGCCAAAAGCGCAAAAGAGUUAUGUCCGCUUCCGAAGAUGAGGUUCACCACUCUGACUCUGGAAGGUCGCGAUCACGUUCAAGAAGCAAAUCAGGAUCUCGUUCACGAAGUAGAUCGGCUUCACGCUCAAGGUCUAGAUCCAAGUCCAGACCUAGAUCGGCAGGAUCACGCAAUUCAGGGGGUUCACGACGUUCCCAUUCAAGGUCUAGGUCCCGUUCGGCUGCGUCAUCACGAAGCCGCUCUCGAAGCGGCAGUCGUCGUUCUAGCCGUUCACGCAGCCGUUCUAGAAGUCGCUCAGUGUCACGAAGCAUUGGGUCACGGUCGCCUUCCCCCAAAUCUCCGUCACAGGGAGGAGAAUCGCCUAAGUCACCGUAACGCCAUAAAUGAAAGGAAAACCUCUGUAAUCGAUCACCGAGCCGUUUCUGUACAGUUAGAAGUAUUUGGAACGGUCAUCAAGAAUACUGCCGUAAUGUCGCAUGGAGUCAAGCAGCCGUGAUGAUCGGGAGAUGUGUCAUGUACGACAAUUGAGGCAAAAACCUCCGUUAAAUAUAAUGUGCCGUAAAUUGGUUAUAGUUUCUGUUUGCGUGCGCCCCGAAGGAGAACGCCGAGAAAGUGCGAUGGAAAUUUUUGGGCGUCAUUGAGUUAGUGAUUUAUAAUACCGAUGUCUAAAGCACGGGGGUCUAAGAUCGCUGACGAAGAAAAUCGUAGUAGUUUAGCAUUGAGAAAACCCCACUUACUCUGCUUUGUAAAUGAACUCACUUAUAUAUUAAUGUACACUAAAUAAUUAAAAGGUGAUGACAAAUGUAGUUAGGAAAAAUGGAAUAUAGUGAUAAUUGUUAGGCCCAUUAAUAUUAUUUUGAAGUAUCGAAUAAUAAUAUUUGUUGUAUGAAUACUACACGGUAAUAA